UUUGAGGAAGAUGGCGUCGGCAAAGAAGACAGGGAGCGGUGUUCUUGAAAAAGCAGUUAAUAGAAGGCGUUCAUCAAAACACAAAGAAGGUCCAAUAGAGGACAAGACGAGCAAGGACUCCAGCAUGAGUUCAGAUGAGGUAAUGGACACCAAGGCAGUGUUUAGUGCCCUCUAUGAUGUAUGUGAAGAGAAUGCCACCUUCUUCUCCGGGGCCACCAAGGGCCAAGCCGGAGAUGCCACCCAGCGCCUGGUGGAUUCCAUGAGGACCAUUCAGGAACAUGCACGUGGCCUGGAGCCUGUCAUCAUUGGAUUCGCUGGCAUCUACCACCAUUUUGACUUUGACCCUCAUAUUCCUGCCAAUGGAUAUCGUUCUCUUGUUAAGGUGGUGCGCUGUUGCAUCCUGCACAUUAUCCACAAAGGCCGGUAUAUCACUUCCAACAGACGAAGCAUCUUCUUCCGUGCGAGCCACAAUGCAGCGGAGAUGGAGGCGUACUGCAGCGCUCUCUGUCAGCUAAGGGCGCUUCUCUAUCUAGCUCAGAGACUGCUGCAUGACAACAGCCAUGGCAAUCUCUUUUUCCAGGAGGAAAGUGGCCUCAGUCAGAGCUUCCUUAGAGAGUACGCCUCUAUGCACAAGGGGUGCUUCUACGGCCGCUGUGUCGGAUUUCAGUUUACUCCUGCCAUUCGUCCAUCCCUUCAGUCAAUUACUAUAGGCCUGGUUGCUUUUGGAGAGAACUACAAGAAGCACCAGUCUGGCAUAGUGGAGGCAGGAGAUAUUGCACCAUAUGGGGUAGCAGCCAGUUCGUUCUUCACCUCUGGGAAAUAUGCUAUUGACCCUGAACUCAGAGGUCAGGAGUAUGAACGCAUCACUCAGAACCUGGACGUUCAUUUUUGGAAGACAUUCUGGAACAUUACAGAGACUGAAGUUCUGUCGAGUCUGGUGUGUAUGACGGCCACACAGGUGAAGGUGAAUCGAGCUCUUUCUGUCCCUCCUGUACCCUUCGAUCUGCCGUUGGCAUCGAAUCCCACCCGCACAGUGACUGUGUCUCCUCCUACAUCUCACAUUGGCUUGGGGCCUGUGCAGAUGAGAUUGAUCUCUCAUGAGCUGAGAGAAGGACAGGACAGUGAGAAAUUACUAGCAAUGUGUCGCUCAGAGGGAGGUCCCAUCUCAAUUUCCUUGAGCCUGAAGACUAAGCGCAGUCCUCCUUCACCCUGGCUGUUGGUGCACUUCCACGGAGGAGGUUUUGUGGCACAAACUUCCAAAUCACACGAGCCCUAUCUGAGGGGCUGGUCUCAAGACCUGAAUGCACCCAUCCUCUCAGUGGACUACUCGCUGGCUCCUGAGGCUCCAUUUCCCCGGGCUUUGGAGGAAUGCUUUUAUGCCUACUGCUGGGCCAUCAAGAACCACAAUCUACUGGGUUGGACUGGCGAGCGUGUGUGUUUGGCUGGUGACAGCGCAGGGGGAAACCUGUCUCUGACCGUGUCAAUGAGGGCCGCUUCUCAUGGCGUGCGUAUGCCAGAUGGUAUCGUGGCCGCAUACCCUGCCACCCUCCUCACUGCGUAUGCCUCGCCCUCCCGUCUUCUCACCCUCAUGGACCCUCUGCUGCCCCUCAGUGUGCUCUCACGUUGCCUCAGCGCAUAUGCAGGUACAGAGCCACAGGUGGAAAAGCAGGUGGAGACUUUGAGCACUUUGAGUAUGGUGCGCAGAGAUACUGCCCUGCUCCUCAGAGACUUCAAACAGGGGGCCACCAACUGGAUCCAUUCCUUGUUAGAUAGAGGAAGUGCAGAUUCAGUUAGACAGAGCGUAUCAGAGGCAUCUCUGACUUCUGCGCAUGCAGAUCCUCCGGUGCCUGCUGAAUCGAAGUACUCUCUGGAGAAAGUCUCUAUAAAGAGUCAAACAUGCCAAGACUUGGGCAUCCACAUGAACAGCAACCCCAGUGAUGAAAAAAAUGCCAAUCAUCUUUCCGCCAACACGGCCAACCACAGCUCCAUCCUUGACAUCACCCUGACACCUGAGAGCAAGCCAGGGGACGUGAGUUUCUUCCUCUGUAAAGAAGUGGAUCCUGUCGUGUCAGAGUCCUUUUCGUCAGUGGCCAUUCCGCCUCCUGGUGGCGAGGAGGACUCUGAGAACCCCCGGGAGUUUCCAGUGGACUUUGAGCCUCUGCGCUCAGAGCAGUUGGCAGAAAUGACGGUACAAAAUUCGCCUAUCGUCAGGAACCCCUACAUGUCACCCCUUCUGGCUCCAGACAGCAUGCUAAAGGGUCUCCCUCCUGUACACAUAGUGGCCUGUCAUCUUGACCCCAUGCUGGACGACUCUGUGAUGUUUGCCAAACGACUGCGAAAUAUCGGCCAGCCGGUGACCCUGUGUGUCGUGGAUGACCUUCCGCAUGGCUUUCUCAGUCUGUCACAGCUUUCAAGAGAGACUCGGGAGGCUACUAACAUAUGCAUGGAGCGGAUCAAGGAUGUUUUUACCAUGAAAGACCCUCCUCCGGAGAUGCGUAAGCACCGCAAACUAGAACGGACCGAUCAGAUGGGUUCUAUAAACAAGAGAGACCACGUUCAGCUUUCGCAAGCGGCUGCACAGGAGGGUGAAGAGGAGGGGUUAGUUGUAGGGGGAGGAGCUUUUGGUGUAUGUGGGGAGGAGCUUGCUGGGUUUUCCCCUCCUACUAAACCUAAAGCUGAAAAGAUUACAGGGUAGAAUUUGGGCUUGCAGUCUUUUUAUACAGGAGCCAAAGUAAGGUCACAUUAUUUAAUAAUGGCAAUCAGGGCUGAAUAAAGCUGAAUUAAGGAA